AUGAAAGAAGGAGAAAAGGUAGAUGAUUACUUUGCAAGAACUCUUACUAUUGCUAACAAAAUGAAAGCAAAUGAUGAGAAUAUGGAGGAGUUGGUGUUAGUUGAGAAGAUUUUGAGGCCAAUGAUUGCCAAAUUUGAUUAUGUUGUGUGUUCUAUCGAAGAAUCAAACAAUAUCGAAUCCUUGACCAUUGAUGAGUUGCAAAGUAGUAUCUUGGUACAUGAGCAACAAAUGCUUGGCCAUAGGAGUGAAAGUGGAGAAGAACUUGUGUUGAAAGUAACCUUGGAGGGAAGAAAUGAUGGAAGGAGUAAUGACAACUUUGCAGCUAGAGGCAGAGGACGUGGUAGAGGCAGAGGAAGACUAGGAUUCAGUAAAGCUCUGAUUGAAUGCUUCAAGUGUCAUAAACUAGGGCACUAUCAAUAUGAAUGUCCUAGUUAG